AUGGCGUGGCCGUGCAUCACCCGCGCGUGCUGCAUCAACCGCUUCUGGACCGAGCUGGAUAAAGGGGACAUCGCGGUGCCUUUGGUUUUCACCAAAUACUCCGACGUGGCCGACGUGCAGCGCCUGGCCCAUCACCCGCAGCCCAGGCAGAAGCGGGCCGGCGCCAUUGCCAUAGAAACGCAGCCGCAGCAUCCCGACGGCCGGGAGGCUGCGGAGGCACCGCCCGCGGCGGGUGGCGCAGCGGGCCAAGAUGGCUCCGCCGCGUCCGUCAUGCGCCAAGACUUCAAGGCGUGGAGAGUGCGCCCCGAGCCCAGCUGCAAGCCCCGGAACGAGUACCAGCCGCCGCCGGCCCCCUUCAACAACGUAACGCAGUACCAGAAGGACUACAAGCCCUGGCCCAUCCCCAAGAAGCACGACCACCCGUGGAUCCCCAAACCCGGUGCCAGCGCACCCGCCGAGGCCGAGAGCGGCGUCGAGAAGAGCGAGAUCGAGGAGAAGAUGCAGGAGAAAGAGUCCAAGGAAGCCGGGAAGAAAGGGGGGAGGCGGGAGAAGUCGGCGGAGAGGAAGGAUGGCGAGAAGACGGAGGGACAGAUGCCGGCAGAUGUGCAGAGCGCAGAGCAGAAGAAAAGCAGAGCCGCUGCAGACGCGCUCAACAGACAGAUAAAGGAGGAUUUGUCCACUUCUAGCAGCUACAGGACUGAGUUCAAGGCUUAUAAGGAUGUGAAACCGGUAAAGGCUAUCAAAGCUCCAUCUCAGUACAAACCCCCGGCGGAGGGGACCAGCCUGGAGACCAGCUACAGUGCCACCUACAAGGGGGAGCAGGUGAAAGCUCAGGCCACCGACAACAAGCUGCAGGAUCGCCGGCGGAUACGCAGCCUGUACAGCGAGCCUGGCAAAGAGCCGGCCAAGGCGGAUAAGCCAGUGUCUCGCACCAAACCAAAAAAGACUCCGACAACCACAACAGGAAAGAUGAUGAAAAAAGCUAAAGAGAAGCAGAUUUCCAGUUCUCAGUCAGCUAAGAAGAAGCCCUCUGUGUGUGCGGCAGAACCCAAACCAGAGGGGGCUGUGAGCAAGAAGAGCAAAGAGAUCAGCAACAGACUAGCUGAAGCCAAGCAGUGAAUGACAGGCUGCGGGAUGAAUUAGGCAAAUCUCUUCCCUUUGGUUUCUAUCCUCACUUGUUAUCCUGUCAUACUUAGUUCACCUUUUGAAUGUGCACCGAUGUUGCGCUUUUAGACUAAUGCAAAUAAUUUCACUGUAAACUAUGCGUGUGAGUAUGUGAAUGUGAGUGAAGGUACGUGAUUCCUUUGUAUAGAACCGCUUUAUAUUAUCGAGCACUUAAUUUGCACAUAUGAGUUCGAUCUGACAUCAGACGUGAAAAGGAGCCAUAGGUACACAUGCCAUAUGGGUGUGAAAGGGCAUUUUAACCUUUUUUUCUGGAUGACGAAUGAGAUCAGUAUUAAAAAUGAUUGUUGAAAUGUCGAGGAGACGCUUUUCCUCGGCGACUGUUUUCACAUGAGGGGUUUUAUGAAAGAACAAACUCUGCUUUAUGGUUUCCUAAUUACAGUGCCUCCGCUGUAUAGUCCUGGUUUUCAUUUCAUUGUUCGGGAUGAUAUCUGGUUUAAUCAGUUUGGUUGCUAAGAAACCAAAUGAACUGUAAUGUAAUUGCUACAGCUUGCAUGCAAGACCCCGUUUUUGGUUGAGUAGCAUCACUUUAGCAAGACUGUAGGUCACAGUCACAUUCUAGCUUGUAAAUUGAGCACUUAAAUAUAAAGGAAGAUCUUUUCCAUUAUAGUGCAUGUGUAGAAUUAGAUUCUGAUCACUCCAAAAAGGUACACUCAAUAAUUCCAAAUCAUCGUUGAGUAGUUUUUAAAGCUGUAGAAUGAACACACCAGCAAUGUGGUUUCGCUUUCAAAUAUAUUUCUUGCCAUUCAAAUGGAAACCCAUUCCUUUUAUUUGACUGGAUCCUGCAGUUUUACCAACAACUCAGUAUUUUGAAGCA